GGUAUCCAAGGUGAUGCUGGUCUAUCUGGAGCACCGGGUCCUCAAGGGGUGUCUGGUGAACCAGGUUUAGAUGGGUUUCCAGGGAAACCAGGUCUUCCAGGAAAAGACGGUCAUAGGGGGCUGAUUGGUGCUCCUGGUCCAAAUGGAGGACAAGGAGAAAAGGGUGAAAGAGGUCCUGGUGGAUUACCUGGCGAUGCGGUUCAGCUGGCAGGACUCAAGGGGGAGACUGGCGUCCCUGGUGAACGAGGGCCCUCGGGAACGGACGGCCCACCUGGACCUCCUGGCCCACCUGGACCUCCAGGUUUGGCCGGUGAGCCGGGUGAGAAUGGACAAAGGGUAGGACAUUU